AUGACACGGAUGAACACAAUGACUAGCCCACCGGAAACUGAAAGUAAUACUAACCAAAAGGUGGCAGUCUUUAUGGCCGGUUUUACCUUAGCCCAGGUACCUCGUUUAGCAGUUUCCGCUGGUAAGUUUUCUGCUGUAAGGUUCAGGAUCAGUUCCAGCUACAUUCCUCUCUUCCUUAAUCAGAUGAUUAUCUCGUAUAGAAUUGCUGCUUUACUUGGGACAAUGGUGAUGAACGGAUUAAUUCUGGGUUGUCCUAACUUUAAACAACACCUGGGUAUUGUAUCUUCCAUAUGUACCUCUUCAAUGUCGCUUUGUUAUGCUCUAACGUUAGUGACAUUCUACACUGGAGGAGACCAAGGGUACAUUACAGCUUACUACUGGGGUAUUGUAUUAACGUCAUUCAUGUAUGGUUGUAGUGUUGUCUCUGUAACAACUUUGGCGUCGAGCGAGAUUGCAGGAUAUUUAGCGGCCAUACCAGCGGCGUCUAUAGUUUCUUCCUCAUACCAUCUUUCAUUUGUCAAGUUUGGAAACAAAUUUAGACUUCAGAAUAUAAACUACUGGGUAGUAGUAUGGCAAAUUAUCACUGCUAUUUGUUUAGCAGUAAUUGCAGCGGGAAUUUGGAUAGUUGCGUACGGUGAUGGAAAGGCUGUUAGUUCUGGUACUACUGCUGAAGAAGAUGAUUUUUGGACUGGUUUGAGCCUGUCUGGGUCACCACUAUUUCUAGCUGCAUUUGGUUACGGACUACAGUAUGCCUUCUACCCGGCCAUUGCACCUUAUAAACUUGCUGGUAUUCAAAAGGGUUUUUACAUUUCCUUGGCACUGCUUUAUACUGGAGCAAUACCACCUGCAAUUCUACUAUAUCUAAAGGAGGCAAAGAAGGGUCCAGAUAAAAAUUGGACAGAAUAUUAUGGAUGGCAUUACGCUUGGUUCCUUUUUGCUCUAGAGGUGACAUGUGCAUACAUUUUCACGAUUAUAUUGCACUAUCCAGAUGGGUUUAUAGCCAGAACACUUCGGCAUAGCACAAUACUCCUCACACUUGUUAUUGUCUUGUAUGAUAUGUGUGUACAUACUACUAGGGGUAUUGGAUCUAACGGGGCCUCAAGACAAACUAAAGAGGGUAAUAGUAAGAAAAACUCAAAAAUGGCUACAUUAAACACACUACUUUAUUCUAUAACGCAGUUAAUAUUCGCCUUCAUGGGUAAUGGUUAUCUCAAGACUUACUCAAAAUAUGAGAAAGAUCCAGACAACUGGCCUACCAAGCACUUUACCACAAGAAAGGCAUUCUGGUACUGGUGUGGAUGCUCCACAAAAUGUGCAUGCAAGAAUCUUGUGACAGCCUUUACCACAGAUGUUAGAGGGUCUAUCGUUGAAAAGAGGGAAUUUCUCUAUGUCGUAUAUGCUGAUGAAGUGGAUAAUAGUAGAAAGCCUCCUAACGCGAAAGAUCCUACAGUAAUGAAGAUAGUUCAUGACAUAUAA